UGUGUGUAACAGAUUCUUAUUUGUUGUACACUCUCAACUCAGAGUCUUUCACAUUCGUUUUUCCGACAAGAACAUCAAAUCUUUUUUUUUUUUGUAACUAAGAACAUCAAAAUUUUCAGAGAAAUGAUUGUUCUUUUGUUCAAAUCAAAGUUUCUUCCCUGUGAUUAGCGAUACUUUAGCUGUUGAUCAUCCAACAGUCGUCGUAGCUCCACCGGACUCUUCUUAUUUUUUUCAGUUUCCGGCGACCUUUACCAUUCUCCGGUAGUAAAUCCACCGGUUACUAGAAUUUCAGACAAAAAUUGAAGAUCUCCGGGAGGCGAUUCUGUUCUGACAUACACCAAUUCCCGGUUUCGACAAAACCCACAAUCAAGUUUAUUCCGGCGAACCGGAACCGACUUUACCGGCGACUCACUCUUCAAACCGGAAAUGAAGUUUAUGGAACUAGGGUUUCGGCCUGAUACAUUCUACACUGUGGAAGCAGUAAGGUCUGUGUCUUCUGAUCUACUGAAUGAUCUUAUAAUCCAAGUAAAAUCCACCAAAUAUCAUCUUCACAAGUUUCCGAUGUUAUCAAAAUGCUUGCGUUUAAAGAACCUAGUCUCUUCACAAUCACAAGAACCCGAAACCUCACAAGACCAGAAAGUAAUCCAACUCGUUGAUUUCCCCGGCGAAACAGAGGCUUUUGAGCUCUGUGCUAAGUUCUGUUACGGCAUCACGAUCACUCUCAGCGCUCACAACGUAGUCGCGGUACGAUGUGCAGCGGAGUAUCUCGGCAUGACUGAAGAAGUCGAGCCUGGAGAGACAGAGAAUCUUGUCCAAAGACUCGAACAUUUCUUGACUUCUUGCGUUUUCAAGAGUUGGAGAGACUCACUUGUUGCUCUUCAGACCACGAAGGCUUUACCUUCGUGGUCUGAAGAUCUUGGCAUCACUAGCCGUUGCAUCGAGGCGAUAGCCAACAGUGUAAAUGCAUCUCCGGGUGACGAUUUCGCGAACGUAAUGGAGACAGGGUUGUCGAGAAACCGGUCAAGGAGAAGAAGAGAUGAAAGCUUGUGUAAUGGUAAGGCAGAGAACUCGCGGUGGUGGGGUGAAGAUUUAGCUGAUUUGGAUUUGGAUCUUUACCAGAGAACAAUGGUGGCUAUAAAGUCGUCGAACCGGAACGUUUCUCCGAGAUUAAUCGGUAAUGCUCUUAGAAUCUAUGCAUCUAAAUGGCUACCAAGCAUUGAAGAAUGUUCUCCGGUUUUGGAAUCGGUUAUCUCCCUUCUACCAACCCAAAGAUCCGCUGUUCCUUGUAGCUUCUUGCUUCAGCUACUGAAGACGGUUAACGUUAUGAACGUUUCGCCUACUUCGAAAAUGGAACUCGCGGUAAAAGCAGGGAACCAACUUGAUAAGGCAACGGUAAGCGAGCUGUUGAUACCCUUAUCGGAUAAGUCAGGUAUGUUAUACGAUGUGGAUGUUGUGACGAUGAUGGUGAAGCAGUUUCUGUCUCAGAUCAGUCCUGAGAGAAGACCAACAAUGACACAACAUAGAAGAUCUCGUUCAGAAGAAAACAUGGAGGAGAUACAAGAGAUCAGAGGCUCUCUGUCUUCUUCUUCUUUUCCUCCGUUGUUGGUUAAAGUAGCAAAGCUUGUUGAUUCUUAUCUUCAAGAGGUUGCUAGAGAUGUGAACUUAACCGUGUCAAAUUUUGUUGAGUUGGCUGAAUCUAUACCUGAACUUUCAAGGAUCAGUCAUGACGACUUGUACAAAGCGAUUGAUAUCUAUCUUCAGGUUCACCAGGAGAUUGAUAAGAUUGAAAGAAAGAGGUUAUGCAGAAUCUUGGACUGCAAGAAACUAUCAGUAGAAGCAAGCAAGAACGCUGCACAGAACCAGCUGCUUCCACUGAGAGUGAUUGUGCAAAUCCUCUUUGUAGAGCAAGCCCGAGCUGCGAUUGUUACAAAUACAAACAAUAUCACAAAUAAUGAGACAGCAGUUUUGAGAAGAAGCUUUACAACAAGAAGAGAAGAAGAUGCAGAUCUAGAAAGAGUUGAAAUUAAACCUAACGGGGGAUUUCAGAGCACUCCUUCGAGAUUUAUGGCGUUGUGCUCUAUCCCAAGGCAACCUAAGAAGAUGUUUUGCAAGUUAUUGUCGAUCAGCAGGAGUUUAAGCCAACGGAUUUGAAAAGAAAAGAUGGUGGGAGAUUUUUUGUUCUACUGGUUUCUUGUCACUCAAGUCAAGUGUUUUUCAUUGUCUCUUUGAAAGCUUAUUUGAUUUUGGAAAAUUCAUUUCUCAUACCACAUUGUAAAAGAGAAUAAUAAAGAAAAUAUGUACAUCAGUU